AUGGACCCUGAUAAAGUAAGAGCCAUUCAAGAAAUUCCCGCACCAACAACAAAGAAACAAGUCAAUGGAUUCCUCGGACGUUUUAAUUACAUCUCCCAAUUGAUAUCUCGCAUGACUGCUACUUGUGGGCCAAAUUUCAAACUUCUUCGCAAAGAUCAAGAAUACGAUAUUGAGUACCAUACCCAGAAGGCAAUAAAAGGAAGUAUCUUGGAUGGCCAUUUAGCUCAACAACCAAUCGAAGACUAUCAAUCCAUUCAAUUUGACUUCCCCAAUGAGGAUGUAAUGUACUUAAAAGCUAAAGAUUGUGAUGAACCGUUGCCAAGUGAAGGGCCAUAUCCAGAAUCUCGUUGGGGAUUGAUAUUCGAUGGAGUUGUUAAUGCUUAUGGAAAUGGAAUUAGGGCAGUCAUUAUCACUCCUCAAGGUUCUCAUAUUACAUUUACCGCAAGAUUGACAUUCAUUUGUACGAACAAUGUGGCAAUGUAUGAAGCAUGCAUUAUGGGUCUUGAAGAGACUAUCGAUUUAAGAAUCAAAAUUCAGGAUGUAUAUGGAGAUUCAGCUUUGGUGAUUAAUCAGAUCAAAGGAGAACGGGAAACCCGCCAACCUGGUUUGAUUACUUACAAAGAUUAUGUGAGGAGGCUGUUAACUUUUUGA